AUGAUUAGUCUACAACAAUUGUCAUUCUCGAUCGCCCUCGAGGCUGUUUUUCUCAUUUAUGUUGCUCGAUGGGUCCUGACCUCAUUGAUGCAUUCCCGCCGUGCUCGGCAAAUGGGUUGUAAGCCCGCAUUUAUCCGACCGAGUAGGCUCCCGCUGGGUAUCGAUCUUGUGAAACGAUAUAUGGAUACGAUGGAGGAGCAGAUCCUUCAAAAUGAUGAUCUGGUGCUAUACGAAGAGUUGGACCAGCGCCCAACUUGGAAUCAAAAUCUCCUUGGUACUUGGCACCAUAUCACAUCAGAUCCAAAGAAUGUGCAGGCUAUGCUUGCGACGCAGUUCAAGGAUUUCGAGCUUGGCCCUUUCCGGCGUAAUAUGUUCAACCCGGUCAUUGGGAAGGGCAUCUUUACAACCGAUGGGCCAGAUUGGCAACACUCUCGCUCUCUUCUUCGCCCACAAUUCACCCGGGGCCAAGUUGCCAAUCUGCGGCUGGAAGAACAACACUUCCAGCACCUUCUCAAUCGUCUCCCAAUUCAGUCCGACUCAUGGACCGACACUGUGGAUUUGGCGCCCUUAUUUUUAAUCUGA